AUGUCUUUUCACGAUUCGAGCAACCUAGAAUCGCAGCCCACAACAUGGCGGCGCCAGGAUGACCCAGAAUAUGCCGAUGACCCAGAGUUCCAGCGCCAUACGACCCAACUCAGCGACAAGCUCUUCUCCCUCACCUCCAGCAUCUCGAAACUCUCCUCCCAGAUCGCACUACUAGGCACGCGCCGCGAAACAGACCGUGUGCGUGAGCGAGUACAAGACCUACUCACAGAGACGGGUGACGGCUUCAAAGAGAUCGGCGAAGGCCUCAAGAAAGUCCAACAAUGGCACGAUCUAGGACCAUCACAGAAAUACACAGCUGGGAAGCUAGGCACAGAAUUCCGCGCGAGCUUGACAGAGUUCCAAAACCUCCAGCGACAAGCCCUCGAUAAGCAACGAGCGUCCGCGGCAGCAGGCCGCGCAGCAUUGGACGAUGAGGCAAGACCGUCGGAAGGCGGCUCGGCACAACAGCAACAGCAGCAAUUACAACAGCACGAGCAGUUGAGGCUAGCAGAUCAGAGCGAAGUGGACUUUCAAGAGAGCCUCAUCAUCGAGCGGGAGAGCGAGAUAAGGAACAUCGAGAGUUCGGUCAGCGAGUUGAACGAGCUGUUCCGGGAUGUGGCGACCAUGGUGCAUGAUCAGGGACAGUCACUGGAUAUCAUCGAAACGAAUGUAACGCAGACGAGAGACGAUACGAGAAAUGCGGAUCAGCAGCUGAGGACUGCGAGCAGGCAUCAGAAGAGCGCGAGGGGCAAGGCUUGUUGUUUGCUGAUUAUCUUGGCCAUCGUGUUGGCCGUGGUGAUCUUGGCUGUUGUGCUGGGUUGA